AUGAUGCAAACUCUGUCCUUGAUCCUUUCCUUGGCCAUGUUUGCAACAUCUAUUCUAAUAUUCAUCAUCCGGAAGUGGGAGAAAAAGAAUCUCCCACCAAGUCCUCCUUCAAACCCAAUUCUGGGCCAUCUGCAUCUCUUGAAGUUACCGCUCUAUCGAACCCUUGCCACCAUCUCGAAAAAAUAUGGUCCGAUUAUGUACCUUCGUUUUGGAACUAAACCCGUUAUAGUCGUGUCAUCACCAUCUAUGGUCGAGGAAUGCUUGAGCAAAAACGAUGUAAUCUUUGCGAACCGUCCACGUCUUUUGAUAGGUAAGCACUUGGGUUAUGAAUAUACUCAACUAAUUUGGGCUCCAUAUGGUCCUCAUUGGCGUAACCUAAGACGAAUAUCUGCACUUGAAAUUUUCUCAUCUAGCCGACUCAAAAUGUUAUACAGCAUUCGGGCGGAUGAAGUUCGGUCAAUGAUUUUACGGCUCAGUAGCGCCAGCUUUGAUCAGGUAAUGAAUAUGAAUUCUGUGUUUACUGAGUUAACAGUUAAUAUCAUGAUGAGAAUGACUGCUGGGAAGAGGUAUUAUGGUAAUGUAGAUCAGGAAGAGGAGUCAGAAUUGAGUCAAGAGGCGAAACGAUUUAGAGAGAUAUUAAAUGAGGCGUUGACUUUGAGUACAGCUGCCAGUUUGGGAGAUUACUUUGUUACUUUGAAAUGGAUUGGGUUUUACAACAAAGUGGAGAAGCAGAUGGUGCGAUUGAAGGAAAGAGGAGACGAGUUCAUGCAGGAAUUAAUUGAGCAACGCAGACGAUUAUUAGCAAAGACUACUGAUGAUGCUGAUAAAAUAAUGAAUAGAGAGGGAAUGACUAUGAUCGAUGUUUUGUUGUCGCUUCAACGCAAAGAUCCAGAUUGCUAUUCUGAUCAUAUGAUUCGAGGUCUUAUUGGGGUAUUGAUCUCUGCAGGAACGGACACCACAGCAGGAACUAUGGAAUGGGCUCUAUCCCUAUUACUUAACAAUCCACAAGUUCUCAACAAGGCCAAAGCAGAAAUCGACAUUCACGUAGGGCGGCAACGUCUAGUCGAUGAAACCGACCUCAACAAUCUCCCAUAUUUACAUGCCAUCAUCCUCGAAACGCUGCGAAUGUAUCCAGCUGGUCCCCUAUUAACACCUCACGAGUCGUCAGAUGAUUGCACCGUCGGAGGUUACAACAUUCCUGGUGGUACAAUGCUCUUUGUGAACGUAUGGGCCAUACAAAAUGAUCCAACAACAUGGGAGGAACCAAACAAGUUCAAACCAGAAAGGUUUUUAUUUACCGAAGGAAUAAGAGAAGGGUAUAAGUUGAUGCCAUUUGGAGCAGGAAGGAGGGCUUGUCCUGGUGAUGCCUUGGCUAUGCGUGUCAUUGGGUCAGCUUUAGGAUCUCUAAUUCAAAGCUUAGAGUGGGAACGGAUUCAUGCAGAUGAAUUGGUGGACAUGACCGAGGGUACUGGACUGACCUUGAACAAGGCACAUCCUCUGGAAGCUAAAUGUAAGCCUCGCCCGGAUAUGUUGCAUAUCAUUUCUCAAUCUUAAGGAAGGUUGUCUUAGAAUCUUACGAUUGUAAUUCUAUCUAUACAAGUUCAAAUUUCGAAGCUCAAAGGAGGGAAUAAUCCAACGGAAAAGAGAAGAGAAAACAAGAUUCUCAGUACGUCAGAAAUAUGUAUAAUUUGUUGAAUGCUUUGAAAAAUGCUCAAA